AUGUCCAAUAGUAAAAAACGGAAGUACGACGAGCAGCUGAAUAUACCCACAGACUUUAGGUGCAUUAUUCACAACAGUGGACUUAGCAAUCAUGGUGACUGUGUAACACUAAAUUCUACAAAAUUAAAAGUCUCUGCUGAACAAAAACUAGAUCAGCUGCACUCAAUUCGCAACAAGCGAUUAGCUGAACCAUGUGACUCACCACAUCGCAUGCAUGACAUAUGCAAGAGCAUUCCUGCCUCAUUAUGUGGAAUAGACCUGAACAUCACUGGUUACCACCGUGGGUGCUACCAGGCCUUUACCAAAAACCUAGAUAGGUUAAGUAAAGCAGAAUGUACAAAACAUUCUCAAAAACACCAUUCACCAAGAAUUUUUGCUAACUGUAGUAAUCAGUUUCCACCAGAAUGCAUCUUCUGUAAAAAGUUGGAAGUGAAACCAAAGAAACAUGAAAUACAGAGCGGUGUGUUCAAUUCACAAACACAACAUGGCAACAAAUUGAGUCGCAGGCUUUUGAGUUUGGCUUCUGGAGCUCCAGUUCCCCCUGAUGCUGAGCAAGAUGUUGUUCGGGCAGAGGUGAUGGGAAAGGAAGCCAAGCAAAGAUUCAUAGCCGAAAGACUUACACACGGAGCAUCGCCUAUCAAGUUCUUUGACCCGAUACCGAAGUCAAAAUUAAAGUCAAUGGAAGCUUCGAACAAGACAGUGAAACUUACUGCUCCCCAGGGAAAAGUGAUUCAGUAUCAAGAACAGAGCAACAUAGCAUUUAUGCUUUUGGUAAAAGCUCAAUCGUUGAACGAACAGUUGGACCUUGAAGAACUGAUGCGGUUUCCUUUGACUCCCGUACCUCAUAGCCUUGGUACACCUGAUGGGUUCUUUUGCAAGAGCAACAAGGCGGCUUUAAUGAAUGCCAUAUUGCAGGAUGUGCCACAAGCGACAACUCCUUCAGAAUCCACCAUUUACAUCCAAGAUGGUAAUGCUCUCUUUCAUGAGCUUACAAACCUUGCACCAACGUUUGGCGGAAUAUGUCUGCAGAUUCUGGACAUCAUGGUUGCAAGGAAGAACUUUAUUUUUUCGACGGACAGCUACUUCCCGAACUCUAUAAAGGCACAGGAGAGAGUGCGCAGAGGCUGCAGUCGAAAAUUCAUCGUUGAUGGACCUGCAACCCGUAGACCAGCGGACUUUAAAGAAUUCCUAUCCAACGAUGACAAUAAGACACAAUUAUGCAAUCUUAUUCUGCGUGUUUGGGGCAGUGAGUCAGCAGCAUCCAGACUAGAUCGAUGUGGAACAGCAGUGGUGGUCGUUGGUGGAAGGGCUUACCAGUUAAAAAAGACAAAUGGUGAUGUGAGAACGGAGGAGAUCUUCAGUUUAGUGUCCAACCAAGAAGAGACAGAUACCAGAGUAGUUUUGUACAUGCACUACGCAUCAACGAUUGGCUACCAGUCAGCUAUUGUGCGUACACCCGACUCUGACUUAUUCUUCAUUACCUUGUUCCAUGCACAGUCUGUACCACUGACAGUUUAUCUCGACGUUGGUACAGGAAAACAGAGACAGGUGGUGAAUAUUAGUGAGCUGGCAGACUCACAAGGUGCUGAAUACAGUGAGACUCUACUAGGACUGCAUGUGUUCACCGGUGAAGAUGUCACAAGUGCAUUUAAGGGCAAGGGAAAGGUCACACCGCUCAGAAAGCUGCAGAGUAAUCCUAAAUACCACAAAACAUUCAGGAUGCUGGGUGAUACUUGGACAGUUGAAGAAGAUGUUAUGCAGAUGUUAGAAGCGUUUGUCUGUGUGAUGUAUGGGUGUCCAAGGGAGAGGUCUGUGAACACAUGUAGGGCAGUUCUUUUGAAGAAAAAUGUGAUAGAACAUCCGGAACCACAUGAUGAAGGGCAAGGGUGGACCAAAAAGAACGAAGUGUUAGAACCAUUGUGGGCUGAGGGUCCCAUUCUUCCACCAACGUUAGUUGACCUAGUCGAAAAUGUUCAAGCAGAGAUGGAAGAAGAAGAUGAUGAUGGUUGUCUAGAAAUUUCAGUGUCAGAUGAUGAUGAGUGA